UUAUUUUGCUUUUUGUUAUUUCACAGGCUCCUUCCUGUCCGGCCAAUCACAUUACACCAGAAAGCCUUGUUCUGUCUGUGGAUGAUUAUCAUGUUUUCUUGGAUAACGUUACUUAUAUUCGGCUUUGUACAUAAACGGAGACAUAGACACAAGAAAGAUGAGGAACUUUCUGAAGAAAGUGAAUCAGAAAGCGAAGAAGAGGUUUCGCACACACAUGCACCUGAGCCUUCUAUUUCCCGGUUCGGUCGAGGUGACGCAACAGUUGAAAGUAAAGUUACCCAAGGCUUUAUCGAAGGCGAGAAUGCGUUACCAUGGCGACUAAAAGGAGAGUCGUUUAUUGAGUGGCUCAAAGAGACGGCUCCUGACCAGCCUGACGUGAAAGAGUUCUUGGGAAAAGCGACUCUAUUUGGUUUUAUGAUGUUGUACUUUUGGCUGUGUGAUUAUCAACAUAUUUGGCCCAAAACUGAGAAACAGUACUCCAGAGACACGUUCACUUUUUUGUUCGCUCUCCUGGUGAUCGUAGCUAUCGUAUUUACUGUACGAAAGACUCCUGARAAACUUUUAAACAGAGAUCAGACAGAAGAAUGGAAAGGAUGGAUGCAGGUCCAGUUUGUUUGGUACCACUACUUUGAUGCGCAAGAAGUGUUUAAUUCUGUCCGGUGUUACAUCGAUGCCUACGUAUGGAUGACUGGAUUUGGUAAUUUUUCAUAUUUUUGGGUGAAAAAAGAUUACUCCAUAUUCAGACUCUUAAAGAUGAUGUUUCGUCUGAACUUCUUGGUUGUCAUGGUGAUGGCAGUAACCAAUCAUGAGUUCGUACGUUAUUAUAUCUGUGCCAUGCAUACCUAUUGGUUCUUGUCUGUCUACGCAAUGAUGGCUGUCUUUAAGUCCUAUAACACGCACAGAGGAGUUAUGGCAGCAAAGUUCGUGAUUUACCUUGUCAUCAACGUCCUUAUCUUUGAUAUUCCUGGUGCCUCCUACAAAGUUUUCUGGCCUUUCCAGUUUAUUCUCAACGUUAAAGGCAAUCUAGACUACUGGGUGUACAGAUCCACCUUGGAUCACAUUGCCACCUGGGUCGGCAUGCUAUGUGCAUACAACUACCYCUACGUGGAACAAUUCCUGGCCUACCUGGACAAACCACACGAAACAAGCAAAGAAAAACGAACUGCUAUAGUCUUGAAAGCUUUGGUAACAAUAUUCUGCAUAGCYAUCUUCAUACUAUGGUUUUACUUCGUUUUAUUCCAAGAGAGGGAAAUAUAUAAACGUAUUCACCCCUUCACGGCAUGGAUACCCAUAAUAAUCUACAUAUGGGUGAGAAACUUGUUUCCGUAUCUAAGGUCUACUUAUCUUAAUCUAUUCGCGUGGCUUGGAAAGAUCACCUUAGAGACGUAUCUAUCACAGAUACACAUCUAUAUGAUUGGAGAUGCUAAGAAAAUCCUUAUCUAUAUUUCAAAAUAUCCACUGCUCAACUUCAUGGUUUCUACUGUGAUUUAUAUCGCUGUUUCCUACGUUCUGUUUCAUCAUACUUUGUUUUUUAAUUCGUUUAUUUUUCCUAAGAACAUGAGGGUUGUGUGUAAGAACUUGAUAAUSGGUUUUCUUGUGGUGGGUUUGUGUUAUUUGUGUUCGUUUUUGUUAACGCUAGCGAGUGUUUGGUGAUGGUUGAUAAUUUUGUCUUAGUCUGAAUUUGCGAAAAAAUAAUAAAUUGGAUAAAUUAUUACUGGA